AUGCAAGACGAUCAAACAUUAAAAGCUAUUCGAUAUCAACGUGGUUCAUUGUCGAUCUUAGAUCAAUUAAAAUUACCUGAUCAAUCAAUCUAUAUUCCUAUUAAUUCAGUUGAUGAUGCAUGGAAAGCUAUUCAUACAAUGUCUAUUCGAGGUGCUCCAGCAAUUGCUGUUUGUGGUGUAUUGAGCCUUGCUGUUGAACUCUAUCAUUCUCAAUCAAAAUUUGAUACAAUUGCAUCUGUUCAACAAUUUGUUACUGAUCAACUUAAUUAUUUAAUAACAUCUCGACCAACAGCAGUCAAUAUGACAGAAGGUGCUCAAACAAUUAUUGAUUAUUUAAUACCAUUAAGUAAUAAACAACAAGAUUUAUCGCAAUAUAUUAAUGAAUUAAUUGUUUUUAUGGAACAAUUUCUCGAACGUGAUCUUGCUGAUAAUCAUGCAAUUGGUCAAUAUGGUGCUAAAGCUAUAAGUGAAAAUAAUACUAGUCAUAAGAAAUUAAAUAUUUUAACUCAUUGUAAUACUGGUUCAUUAGCAACAGUUGGUUUUGGUACAGCUCUUGGUGUUAUUCGACAAUUACAAGCAAAUGAUAAUCUUGAAUUAGCUUAUUUUACAGAGACUCGACCCUAUAAUCAAGGUUCAAGAUUAACUGCUUAUGAAUUAGUACAUGAUCGUAUACCACAUACAAUGAUUUGCGAUUCAAUGGCUGGUCUUUUAAUGCGAACACAACCUAUUCAUGCUGUUGUUGUUGGUGCUGAUCGAGUAACUGCAAAUGGUGAUACAGCUAAUAAAAUUGGUACUUAUCAAUUAGCUAUACUUGCUAAACAUCAUAAAAUACCAUUUUAUAUUGCUGCACCUACAACAUCAAUUGAUUUAAAUAAAAAAACUGGUGAUGAAAUUGUUAUCGAGCAACGUCCAUCAAAAGAAAUGACAAGUAUUAAAGGAGUCAAUAUUGCUGCCGAAGGUGUUCAAGUAUGGAAUCCAUCAUUUGAUAUAACACCUGCUAAUUUAAUAACAGGCAUUAUAACAGAACAUGGCGUAUUUAAACCGGAUGAACUUGAAGAAAAAUUAUUAUCUUUACGAAAGAAAUAA